GAAAACGCAUGAUGCUGACAGGCUAGGAGGAUGCUGGGCAGUUACCAGCUGCUGCUAAGCGCCCGAGGGGACUCAGUGAAUUCCUUAGUGAGGAGGAUCACGACAACGAGCCAAACGAUCUGGACAGAGUCAAGCGUAGACGCUCUGCAGGGGACGCUUUGAGCAACAAAGAGAACAUUGACGUAGGUUUGAAUGACCCACAUCGAUAUGUACAUUGCUAAACUCUCUAGACCGCCGAAGGUACCCUUGGAACGAGCCCGGGCAUGGUCAAGCGUCGUGCUCCAAAACGUGAUCCCUCUUUACACUUGAUCAAGCCCAAUGGCAGCAUGAUUGAUGGCUCUCCCAUUGUCCCGCACAACGCAGGAACAUCGGCAGGAAGCUCUGGAGCGUACGAUGCAGAACUUCCGAUGAAGAUGAAGAUUCAGGACUUGGAGAACGAAAUCUCGUCCUUGGAGACAACCAAGAGGAAGACCGUUUCCGAGAUACACGGCGACGAGUCGGAGAUGUUGAGUAUUCACAAAAAAAUCGAGCUUCUACAAGUACAGAAGCAGAAGUUGCAGCAAUCCAGGAGAGAGAAGGAAGGCCAGCUCGACGUCUACUCAAGCAAGAUCGAGAAAUUGACUUCCCAGAAGAAGCACCUGGAGGUCGCUCUUGACAUCGUUAGAGGUAGAGCCUAGGUG